GCGAGCGUCACUGAUCGAUGAUGGUAUUGCAGCAGACGACACCUUCUGCAGACGACAGAAACUAACUGACAAUGUGAAAAAAGGAAAUAUUUAAGAGGAUUAAGUAGCAGACGACAUUUAUACAUUUUGGGGAUCUGUAUGAAGCUAUGCCCUGAUGAAAUGAUCGUGGCGGUGUAGGCUAUACUGGAGACAUUGUUAUCAUACUGGACCUGGAGUCUAACAAGAUAACUGAGCAUGCUCCUUCCCACCACGUAACGCACAGCCUGAGUGACAUCACCAACUAUUAGCUAGCACAAUGGGAAGUGGCGCGUCCAAAGAGCCAAGUCGGCCGACAACGGUGGCGUCACAAGACGCCUCCGCCUCGUCCAGGCCGUCCACGUCAUCCAUGGGGGUCCAGCCCAGCAUGAAUGGUCGGACCAACAGCACCAUGUCGCGUAGCCAGACUCCACCCUCGGCCCGCCCACCAACAAAGUCAAAGGCCGAGGUCUUCAACGAGAAAGAUUACAAACAUGUCUUAGAUCAUGUCAACAAAGCACCCCAGAGGCUGCUGACCGGUACGUUCCGGGAACUGGUCCAGUACCUGACCGGUCCGGAUUGGCCGGAAAUAGGCAAGGUCCGAGCCAUCUUCCUCUGGUUGACCUCCAUAGAUGUCUACAACCUCAAGAUGGAAGAAGACCCGCCGAAACAGUCACCAAUGGAAUAUUUCUCUAAGAUCCAGAAGAACCAGGGCAACCACGCACAUCUAUUUUCUGGAUUGUGUCAAAUGGCCAACAUCCCGUGCAUGAUCAUCAGUGGUAUGAACAAAAGCGCCGCCUAUGAAAUCGGGAAAAAAGUAGACCGGAAAAGUAUGGGAGCCCAGUGGAACGCUGUCUUCAUUGACGACUCAUGGCGAUUUGUGGACGCCUUCUGGGCUUCGGCAUGCGUCGUCGGCCGGAAGUCAGGGGAAUGGGCACUAGUAGACUCCGACGGCAAGGUUGAUGACGAGGAGGAGGAUGCAGCGGAAACUGAAGGGACCACGGAACAUCGGAUCAACGAGUUCUACUUCCUGCCCGAUCCAGACAAACUGAUCUGGACGCACUACCCGGAUGAGAAGCAAUGGCAGCUGUUGGCUAAGCCUGUCUCUGUGAAGGAGUUUGAGGACCAUUUCUAUGUCCGGGAGCGGUUCCAUAUCCUGGACAUGAAGACGUCGUCGACCAGUCAGAUGAAGUGUACAAUCUCAACGAAAGAUGGCGAAAUCAAUAUCCCUUUCCAACUCCCGCAAGAGCAGAGUGAACACUUCCGGUUUAAAUAUAUGUUGUACAAGUCUCGAACUCAGAUGGAAACGGAGAGCAAAAUAGACGCUUUCCUUGACAGAUUCGUGUUCUUUGAACACGGUAAAGACUUAGUAGAUUUUUCUUUAAGAUUUCCAGUGAAGGGGAGGUUUAAAAUGGACGUUUACGGAUUGGACGUCCGAGAAAGUGACAUAUUUGACCUUGUGUGUACGUACUUGAUACAGUGUCCCACAGAAAAGAAGAACUGUCUCCCCCUCCCUGACUGCCCGCCGUUAGGAUGGGGUCCCGUGGGGAUCACAAAGAAAGCGGGUCUGUCCCCGAGCACCCACGACAGGGCUCUGAUCGAGACGAAAGACGGAAAGGUGACGGUGAGGUUUAAGACAGACCAGAAGAUUAAGGUACAGCUGUCUCAGAACCUGAAACAUGCUGCCAUCGAUGACGCCACCCUCAGCAAGUAUGCCUUGACCCACCAAGAGGACGGUGAGGCUGUAGUUAGUCUCAGGCUGCCCCAGAAGGGAGAAUACGCCCUCAAGCUGUACGCCCAGGGUGAAGGAAAACCAGGAGAGGCUCCUAAUGUUUGUAACUAUCUUAUCAGAUGUACGGGGGUUGACGGAGGUGGACAACCAUUCCCUAACUUUGCAGAAGGAUUUCUAGGGAAAUCGCCUAUGGCUGAUAAACUUGGCGUAAAGGCCUUAUCCCACACUGGUGCUCAAAUUGACGCUAAAGAUGGGAAGGUUUCAGUUAAGUUUAAUGCUAGGAAUGAUGUGGAGAUGAUAUGUGAAGUGCAUUCUAAUGAUCCAAAGGCACUGAAGAAGACAGCAGUAGCUACGAGGAAUGAGAACGGGGAAUGGACUUUUGAUGUAGAUAUGCCCAAGGCCGGGGAGUAUUCUCUGAACGUGUUUGCCAGACAGAAAGGCAACCCCAACCGGAUAUACAACGUCCACAGCUACUUGGUAGAAUCAACAGGGAAACCUGGCUACAAUGACGAAAAAAUAGAUGACGAGAUUGACGGUGCCGACCUCGUCAUCCCAACUGAGACAGUCGAGACGUCCGAAGACGUUGUUGUGAUCCCGGUCCCCCCGGGCUGUAAGAGGGCAGUUGCGGCCGUGCACAGGCGUAAUGCCAAUGACCCCCCGAGCAGUGACCAGAUUGAGUUCAUUUCCCAGGACGAUAUGAACCUCGUGAAGGUCGAGUUGAAGGAAUACGGCGAGUACAUGCUCAACCUCUACGACAUCGACGAGAACGGCGUGGUCAAGAACGUGGCCCGGUACCAGGUGAACCGGAAGCGACCUGGUGACCUCUACAACACCAACCUGAAGAUGAUCAUGGAGACGAUGAAUGAGGAAGGCGGAAAUACCUCCAAUGGCCGAGCUCCGUCUCUCUCGCCUGAGGACACUGAGGAGGACAAGCAGAAGAGGACUGAAGGUGGCAAACGACCAGGUGUUCAAAAGGGGACAGCUCGCAAACCGAAUCAAGAGGAGAAGAAGCGACACGCCAUGAAACAGCUGCAGCGGGCGAUGGACCUGAAGGACGAGAGACAGCUGGAGGCAGCCAUAGCAACCUACAUGGACUGCAAUCCCGCUCAGGGAGAUGAGCUUCUGGCGAAGGCCAGGAGACUCCUGGAGGUCCUCAAGAUCAGGGGAGAACUAAUGGACGCAUCCCAGAAACGCGACCUACCAUCGUUAGAUCGCGCCAUCAAACGAGCCAAGGAGAUGAACUCAGACCACAUGCUUGACCUCCAGAUCGCGAUGGCGUCAAGGCUGCAGGAGCAUCUCCAGAAGAUUGAGAAGCUGCGUCACGCCGUGCUCAACAUGCAGCAGACGACGGUGUCCGAGCUCCGCAACUACUCCAACCCACCAGAUGGCGUCCAUCAGACUCUCAUGGCGACAUUCCUGCUCCUCGGCCACAGCAUGAAGAACCUUAAGGUGUGGCGUAACGUCCAGGCCUUGAUGGGGAAGACUGGGAAGGAGUCGAUGAUGAGGAAAGUAUCCAACUUCAAGCCAAAGGACAUCCCCCUGUCUGUAUCCCGCUCAGCUAAGAAGGUGCUUGAUCCUAUCUCCAAGGAACACAUCAGGGACGUCAGCGCUGGAGCCGCAACCUUCUAUGUCUGGUCGAGGGGUAUGAUUGAAGAAGUAGAGUCGUAUGGAGGCGCUGAAGCUAACGCCGCCCAGAACAAGCUUCAGUACAAGGAAUAGGAAGAAAAGGAAUGACCAGAUGAUGAGCCUAAACAGUGAGAGAGGUCAUCAUAUCCCAGCCCUAGAGGUUGAUGCGUUUUUUGACGAUGUUGAAAUUGACAAAUUACCAUAGACCAUAUAUUCGUGAAGACAUUAAUAUACCAAAUAUGUUGUAUUUUGUUACAAAAUCUUCAUUGGUAACUUCAAACCAGUUUCGAAGCUGCACAAUGAUGUUUUGUCGUGGUUAUCUGUAGUUUUGAUACGCAAUCAAGUCAAAAUAACAGUUUAUAAAACGAAAUUAUAAGAUCGCGUUUCGUAUUUUUGUACACGAGGUCAUGGGGCCUUCCUGACAAAAUUCAACCAAGUUUUUAUACCGAUCAGCAUAACUGCGCGUGCCAACCAUCCUUGUAC